CAAUCCUCGUUUCAAAUCUUAAAUAAUAAUCAAUAAUAUUAUAGAAACAAAAUUUACAUGUGCACUACUAUAAAACUCCACCUUUCUCUCUCUACUAUACCCUUUUUCAUCUCUUUAAACACAAAAUCACUCACUUCUUUUCUUCCUUAGUUUCUUCCCGUUCGUCUUCAUCCGCUGCUCUUACGGCGUCGUUCCGUCAUGGUUCCCGCCAUUGUUAUAUCCGAGUAGAAACCCUAAUACCCCUCCACCCGCUCCAGGGAAAGGGAGCGCUCUGAAUUUCCGGGAAAGCGGUUUCUUUAUUUUUCUCAUUCUCUCCGAAAGACUAGGAUUUAUGAACCAGAAUCAAUCAAGGGCUGAGAGGAGCGAUUCUGCGCAGUACAGGAAAGCCGGCCGAUCCGGCAGCUCCAAUCAGCAGCGUCAGUACUCCGGUGGCGUUUCCACUAAGGGUGGUGGCGGCGCCUCCUCCGCCCCCACCAAUCCUGCUAACCGCAGUUUUAAGAAGUAUAACAACAAUGCACCAGUAGCGCAGCCUGGAGCAGGACCAUGGAAUGUAGAUUCUAGCGAUUCAUCUGCCGUUCAUGCUGUACAGAAUGGUGCUCAUCAACAGCAGCCAACUCAAAGAGUACCUGAAGCACCCGGUAGCAAAAUAUCUUCCAAUCUCAAGCCAACGGAUGCCUCUAAUCUAAAGGCCACUCGACCUGUUCCUAAAUCUCCUUCCAGUAAUGUUUCCUCGGCAGCUGCAUCAUCUAAUGUUACUAAUGCUAGCUCUGACUCCAAGGCCCCAGCGACACCUGGAAAAACUUCAGGAGAUGCAUCUAAGUCAUUUCCCUUGCAGUUUGGGUCCAUAAGUCCUGGCUUUAUGAAUGGAAUGCAGAUACCUGCUCGAACAAGCUCUGCACCACCAAAUUUGGAUGAGCAGAAAAAAGAUCAGGCACGUUAUGAGUCCUCAAGGGCAGCUCCUGCUUUGCCAACUCCAUCAAUCCCCAAGCAGCAUUUUCCCAAAAAGGAUGCAGGAAUCCUUGACCAACCUAAUUCUGGUGAAGCUCAUUUAGCGUCAAAACCCAAAAGGGAUGUCCAAAUUUCAACUGCACCACCUGGGAUUCAAGCUCAGAAGCCUGCACUACAUCCUAUCCCUAAUAUGUCCAUGCAAUUGCCAUUUCACCAACCGCAGAUACCUGUUCAAUUUGGUGGUCCGAAUCCACAAAUGCAGUCUCAAGCCUUGUCAGGGCCUAUGCCAAUUCCAAUGUCCCUACCUCUAGGGAAUCCACCAGUGCAACAUUCAAUGUUUGUUCAAGGUCUCCAGCCCCAUCCCAUGCAGUCUCAAGGAAUGAUGCAUCAGGGACAGGGAUUAAACUUCUCCCCGCAAAUGGGUCCUCAGCUGUCUCCCCAAUUGGGUAACAUGGGAAUGAGCUUGGCCCCACAGUUUCCUCAGCAAGCACCUGUAAAAUACAGUGGUUCUCGCAAAACUGUGAAGAUUACCCAUCCAGAAACUCAUGAAGAAUUGAGGCUUGAUAGUUCACCAGCUCCAAGGUUACAUCCUAGUGUGCAAUCUCAGUCGCAGCCAAUUUCUUCAUUUCCUCCUAAUAUACCGAUGAAUUUUUACCCCAGUUCUUACAAUGCCGCUCCCCUCUUUUAUCCUCCUGCAAGCUCUGUUCCUCUUAGUAGCACUCAGGUUCCUCCCACUUCUCAACCGCCAAGACUCUAUAACCAGGUGACUGUGAAAUCACCUAUUGUCUCGCAUGCAGAGAAAGAUCCUCUGCCACCCUCAGGUUCUCUUUCUGUUGGAAAAGCAGAGGCUUCAAAACCUUCAAGGUUAAAGGCGGAACAUCCAGUUUCUUCUUUGAGCUGUAGUCCACAGUCAAAGGCUAGUCUAGGAGCAUCUUAUGUGUCGGUUACUUCAUCAAGUCCUGCCACAGCGGAGAGGGUGGUACCCUAUUCGGCUUCUGGUUCAGCUGCCAUGGAUGUUCAUGUAUCAGUAUCAACCAGCUGUUCUGAUGGCUCUAGAACAGGAGCACUAUAUCCUGACUCCUUCAAAGAUAAGCCUAAAAGACCAGGCAGCAGAAGCCAGCAGGAGCAGGAUCUCAGCCUAUCUACUUCUCUUUCAAGUUUGCCUUCACAACUUCCUGAAGUCGCAACAAUGGAAGCAAAACAUAUAUCAUCUGAAAGUGCCAAGGAUCCAUUAUUGACAGCUGUAGCUGCUUCUUGUGAAGCUCCUAGCAUGACAAGUGAGGGUGCCACAGAAGAAAAGACUGGAAAUACAUUUAAAGGUUUAGGAAUGCAAGUUUUAGAUAGCACAAUAUCAGAGCCUGAGGUUAUAGGGGGAUUCAAGCAAGCAGAAGCAAUAUUGGCUGAAAGUAGUUUGGAAACCCCCAUGAUGUCCCUUACUUUGGAUUCUCCUGAUGCCAUAGGUAAAAUUAAGGAAAGCUCUAAUCAGGAGGUAGCAUCCAUCAAUGGUGGCUCAUCAGAACAUACACAAGAAAAGCUAGAAGAGUUAUCAAGCUAUUGUUCCAAUGAUGUUAAGAGGGAAGGUAAUUUAGCAGGGCAUGCUGGCAUAUCAGGUGGACAAGAACUUGAGAGUUCUGUGCCAGUAACUGCUUGUGGCAUGGGAGCAAAAACUGUUGUGAAUGGUGCUACUGUGGAUCAAGAGUCUGUUCCUAUCUUGGACCCUCCUCCUCCUGAAGGUGUUGUGAGAUCUGAAAAUGAAACUAGGGCUAGUAGUACUGGUGUCUUAAUUUCUCCAUCUCCAUCUAGUGUCAAAGAAAAAGGCUCAGAUGCGAAUGCAGCAAAAGGUGUUGCGCCCAAGGGUAAGAAGAAGAAAAAAGAGCUUUAUAGAAAAGCAGAAGCUGCUGGUACUAGUUCUGAUCUUUAUAUGGCAUACAAGGGUCCUGAAGAGAAAAAGGAGACUGUAACCAAUGUACAGGCCUCUGAGAACUCUUCAAGUAUUAUCGAGAAAAAAACAUCUGUUGGUGUAUCUCAAGAGAAUGCUGCGGCAUGCGAGAAAUCUACCUUAAGUAAAGUUGAGCCAGAUGAUUGGGAAGAUGCUGCUGAAAUUUCUUCUCCACAAUUAGGAACUUCAAGGAAUGAAAAUCAAGAUAAUGAUGAUGGCGAUGGAUUGACAGCUAAAACGUACUCUAGGGAUUUUCUCCUCAAAUUUGUGGAGCUAUGCACUGAUCUUCCAGAAGGUUUUGAGAUUACGUCAGACAUUGCAGAUACUCUGAUGGUUUCUAGCAUCAAUGUUCCACGUGAAUCAUACCCUAGCCCUGGACGUAAUGUCGACAGGCCUGCUGGAGGUUCUAGACCAGAUCGUCGGGGAAGUGGCUUGGGAGAUGAGGACAAAUGGAAUAAAUUCCCUGGGCCUCUUAUGGUAGGACGAGGAGAUAUGUGGACUGAUGUUGGUUAUAUGAACAAUGUUGUUGGGUUGCGACCUGGUCAAGGAGGUAAUUAUGGUGUUCUAAGGAAUCCUCGGGCACAGACACCUCAAUAUGUUGGGGGCAUCCUCUCUGGACCGAUGCAGUCCAUUGGUCCCCAGGGUGGGCCACAAAGAAAUAAUGUUGAUUCUGACAGGUGGCAGCGUGGAGCUGGGUUUCAGAAAGGUUUGAUGCCUUAUCCUCAGACACCUAUGCAGAUGAUGCACAAAGCUGAAAGGAAGUAUGAAGUGGGUAAGGUUUCUGAUGAGGAAGAAGCCAAGCAGAGGCAGUUGAAGGGAAUCUUGAACAAGCUUACCCCUCAAAAUUUUGAAAAGCUGUUUCAACAAGUUAAGCAAGUCAACAUUGAUAAUGUUAUCACACUGUCUGGUGUGAUCUCACAGAUUUUUGAUAAGGCUUUGAUGGAGCCCACCUUCUGUGAGAUGUAUGCCAAUUUCUGCUUUCACCUUGCUGCAGAUUUACCUGAUCUAAGUGUGGACAAUGAAAAAAUUACCUUUAAGAGAAUACUCUUGAACAAAUGCCAGGAGGAAUUUGAAAGGGGAGAAAGAGAGGAAGAAGAGGCAAAUAAAGCUGAGGAAGAAGGUGAAGUUAAGCAGACAGCAGAAGAGAGAGAGGAGCAAAGACUCCGUGCUCGAAGACGUAUGCUAGGUAACAUUAGACUCAUCGGAGAACUGUACAAGAAGAGAAUGUUGACUGAGAGGAUAAUGCAUGAGUGCAUAAAUAAGUUGUUGGGUCAAUAUCAGAAUCCAGACGAGGAGAACAUCGAGGCUUUGUGCAAAUUGAUGAGUACAAUUGGGGAGAUGAUUGAUCAUCCAAAAGCAAAAGAACAUAUGGAUGCCUAUUAUGAUAUCAUGGGACAGUUAUCCAAUAACAUGAAACUUUCGUCGAGGGUCAGAUUCAUGCUUAAAGAUGCUAUUGAUCUAAGGAAGAAUAAGUGGCAGCAGAGAAGAAAAGUUGAAGGUCCGAAAAAGAUCGAGGAGGUACAUAGAGAUGCUGCUCAAGAGCGGGCGCAAGUUAGUAGGCUGGGUCGCGCUCCGAGCAUGGGUAAUUCAUCUAGAAGGGGUCCUCCUAUGGAUUUUGGCGCUAGGUCUCCUAGUAUGUUACCUUCACCAAAUUCCCAUACUAGUGGUUUCCGUGGUGCGCCCCCACAGCUACGUGGUUAUGGUUCCCAGGAUGUUAGGACGGAUGAAAGACAUUCAUCUGUUCCUCUGCCCCAAAGACUGCUCGGUGAUGAUUCCAUUACUCUUGGGCCCCAAGGUGGUCUUGCAAGAGGAAUGGCUUUCAGAGGGCAGCCAUUGGCAGCCAAUGUUCCCUUGGCUGAGAUGCAAAGUCUUGGAGAUGGACGGAGGAUGGGACCUGGCCAGAAUGGCUUUAGUUCUAUCCCUGAAAGAGCAGCUUAUGGCCAAAGAGAGGAUCUUAUGCCAAGGUAUAUGCACGACAGGUUUGUUGCGCCCCCUACUUUUGAUCAAUCUCAUCCUCAGGAGCGAAAUAGUAUGUAUGGGAAUAGAGAUGUUAGGAAUGAUCAUGCUUCUGAUGGAUAUCCGCCUACUUCUCCUUCUCCUCGAGGUGGCCCACCUAGUAUUGCGAAUGAUGUGUCUUCAGAUAAGGUGUGGCCAGAAGAGCAGUUGCGUGACAAGUCAGUGGCUGCAAUUAAAGAGUUCUACAGUGCAAGAGAUGAGAAGGAAGUUGCUUUGUGCAUCAAGGAUUUGAAUGCUCCCACUUUUUAUCCAACUAUGAUCUCCCUAUGGGUUACUGAUUCUUUUGAGAGGAAAGACAUGGAGAGGGAUUUAUUAACGAAGCUUCUAAUAAACCUCACGAAACCUCAAGAUAGGAUGAUAAGUGGAGAUCAACUCAUCAAAGGGUUUGAAUCCGUACUUGCAGUCCUCGAGGAUGCAGUGAACGACGCCCCUAGAGCAGGAGAGUUCCUUGGUCGAAUGUUUGGGAAAAUCAUACUUGAGAAUGUAAUCCCACUUUCUGAUAUCGGUCGGUUGAUAUAUGAAGGUGGAGAAGAGCAAGGGCAGCUUGUAGAAUCAGGGGCUGCAGGCGAUGUCCUUGCAAGUAUCUUUGACACGAUCAAAUCAGAAAAAGGUGAGUCCGUAUUAGGCGAGAUGCGUUCAAGCUCUAAUCUACGGGUAGAGGACUUCAGGCCUGCUGGCUCUAACAAAGCAUUUAGAAUAGACAAGUACAUUUAGAGGGAUAGGGAUGCUCAUUGUAUCUGGUAGAGAAAAUUCAUUUCUUUGUUUUCUUAGGUCGCCAUUGCAAAUUUACAUAUUUAAAAUUGGGCUAGUGGGGAUAAGUCUCUUCACGUCUUUAAAUAUUGUUUCACCAAGAAUACUCGAUUACAAUUUAUGGAAGAUUCAAUUGUGCAUCCAA